CCGGUGUCAGCGGCGAUGGCGGCGGGGUCGGGUGGGAGUGGGGGGUCUGGGGGAGGCCCCGGGCCAGGGCCAGGCGGGGGUGGGGGCCCUGGCAGCAGCGGCCCAGGCCCGGGGUCCAGCGGGGGUCUCGGCAGCGUUGGGGAGCUGCACCCGCGCACCGGGCGCUUGGUGAGCCUGUCGGCCUGUGGGCGUACAGCGCGGAGGCAGCAGCCAGGCCAGGAGUUUAACCAUGGGCUGGUGUUGAGCCGGGAACCCUUGCGCGAUGGACGCGUCUUCACUGUCCGCAUCGACCGCAAGGUCAACUCCUGGAGUGGCUCCAUUGAAAUUGGGGUGACUGCGUUGGAUCCCAGUGUGCUGGACUUCCCAAGCAGUGCCACAGGGUUAAAGGGGGGCUCAUGGGUAGUGUCGGGCUGCUCGGUGCUGAAGGAUGGCCGCUCUGUGCUCGAGGAGUAUGGACAGGACCUGGACCAGCUUGGCGAAGGGGACCGAGUGGGUGUGGAGAGAACAGCUGCUGGGGAGCUGCGGCUCUGGGUGAAUGGGCGGGACUGCGGUGUGGCCGCUACCGGCCUGCCCUCUCGGGUCUGGGCUGUCGUGGACCUCUAUGGCAAGUGCACCCAGAUCACCGUGCUCCCCACUGAGCCAGGCUUCAGUCCCCCGACCCCCAUCCCCUCAACUCCCCUUGAGCCCUCAGCACCCCCUGAAGAGUCUGCCUUGACUGAACAGGGGACCUCUGGAGAUGAGGACUUUGCCAGCAUGGAGCUCUCUGAGGUGGUGAGCAAUACCAUCCUGUCUGCCUACAAUGGGGGGCUCUUGAAUGUGAACCUGAGCUCCCCACCAGCAGGGGAUGGGCUGGGAUCUAGCGGUACUGCCACUUCGCCCAUCCUCACUUCCAAUGACGCCCUGCUCUUUCAUGAGAAGUGUGGCACCCUUAUCAAACUCAGCAACAAUAAUAAGACAGCUGAGCGCCGGAGGCCUCUGGAUGAAUUCAACAACGGAGUUGUCAUGACCAAUCGCCCGCUUCGGGACAAUGAGAUGUUUGAGAUCCGCAUUGACAAGCUCGUAGAUAAGUGGUCAGGCUCCAUUGAGAUUGGUGUCACUACGCACAACCCUAACAACCUGGAGUACCCAGCCACCAUGACCAACCUCCAGUCAGGCACCAUCAUGAUGAGCGGCUGUGGGAUCCUCACCAAUGGCAAGGGCACCCGCCGGGAGUAUUGUGAAUUCAGUCUGGAUGAGCUGCAGGAGGGGGACCAUAUUGGCCUCACCAGGAAGUCCAAUUCUGCCCUACACUUUUUCAUUAAUGGCAUCGAUCAAGGUGUGGCCACCCCAUUGACCCCCCCAGUGGUAUAUGGUGUGGUGGACUUGUAUGGGAUGGCUGUGAAGGUGACCAUUGUCCACAACAACAAUCACAGUGACCGUCUUCGCCGGAACAACGCCAUUCUGCGGGCAUUGUCUCCUGAGGGUGCCCUCCGCCGGGCUGCCCCUGCUGCCCAGGCGGAACCUGAGCGCCUGCUCUUUCACCCCAACUGUGGGCAGAAGGCAGCCAUUACCCACGAGGGACGCACUGCCUUGAGGCCCCAUGCCACUGAUGACUUCAAUCACGGGGUGGUGCUGAGCAGCAGAGCACUGCGGGACGGAGAAGUAUUCCAGGUGCGCAUCGACAAGAUGGUGGACAAGUGGGCUGGCUCCAUCGAGAUUGGGGUCACUACCCACAACCCUGCCUACCUCCAGUUGCCCUCCACCAUGACCAACUUGCGCUCUGGGACCUGGAUGAUGACUGGGAAUGGCGUGAUGCACAAUGGAACCACCAUCCUGGAUGAAUACGGGCACAAUCUGGACCGCCUCAAGGCAGGGGACACGGUGGGCGUGGUGCGGCGGGAGGACGGCACUCUCCACUUCUUUGUCAAUGGAAUGACUCAGGGCCCGGCUGCCUGGAAUGUGCCCCCGGGUGUCUAUGCUGUCGUUGAUCUUUAUGGCCAGGCGGCCCAGGCCACCAUUGUGGAUGACGUGGAGGUGCCUCCCGUUCCUGAGCCCCUCCCUGAGGGGAACAACCAGGUAUCUCCAAGCUCCCCGUCCUCGGGGGCAGGAGGCUCUGACCUGCGAUUCCACCAGCUGCACGGCAGUAAUGCGGUCAUCACCAACGGGGGCCGCACCGCACUGCGCCACAACUGCCGCAGCGAGUUCAACGACGCCAUUGUCAUUUCCAACCGGGCGCUGCGAGACGGAGAGCUGUUUGAAAUUGUCAUCCAGAAGAUGGUAGACCGCUGGUCAGGCUCCAUCGAGGCCGGGGUGACUGCCAUCAGACCUGAAGACCUGGAGUUCCCCAAUACCAUGACAGACAUUGACUAUGAUACGUGGAUGCUGAGCGGCACAGCCAUUAUGCAGGAUGGCAACACAAUGCGUAACAACUAUGGGUGUGACCUGGAUGCGCUGGGCACAGGCGCGCGCAUUGGCAUGAUGCGGACUGCCAAGGGUGACCUGCAUUACUUCAUCAACGGCCAGGACCAAGGCGCCGCCUGCUCAGGCUUGCCUCCGGGUAAAGAGGUGUAUGCUGUCGUGGAUCUCUAUGGCCAGUGUGUCCAAGUGUCCAUCACCAAUGCCACCGGCCCCAUGGACAACAGCCUGGCGACCAGCAACACUGCUACGGAGAAAUCCUUCCCUCUGCACUCCCCAGUGGCUGGCGUGGCCCACCGAUUCCACAACACCUGUGGCAAGAAUGUCACUCUGGAGGAGGACGGCACAAGAGCAGUGCGUGCAGUUGGCUAUUCCCAUGGCCUUGUUUUCAGCACCAAGGAGCUCAAGGCUGAGGAAGUCUUUGAGGUGAAGGUGGAAGAGCUGGAUGAGAAGUGGGCAGGCUCCCUCCGGCUGGGGCUGACCACGUUGGUGCCAGGGGAGAUGGGGCCUGGAGCAGGCAGUGGGCCUGGGCUGCCGCCUUCCCUGCCCGAGCUCCGGACUAAGACCACCUGGAUGGUGUCCAGCUGUGAAGUGAGGCGUGAUGGGCAGCUCCAGAGGAUGAACUAUGGCCGGAACCUUGAGAGGCUGGGGGUGGGGAGCCGUGUGGGCAUUCGUCGGGGGGCAGAUGACACAAUGCACGUCCUGGUAGAUGGAGAGGACAUGGGGCCUGCAGCCACAGGGAUUGCCAAGAACGUGUGGGCUGUGUUGGAUCUAUAUGGGCCGGUACGCAGUGUGUCCAUUGUCAGUUCCACGAGGCUGGAGGAGCCCGAAAUCACCCAGCCUCCUUCCCCCAGCUCAGACACUGGCAGUGAAGGCGAGGAGGAUGACGAGAGCGAGGAACGUGGCUUGGGAGGCCAGAAUCAGAUGGGUAUUAUGCCCACAGUCCUCGAGUUCCUGGAAAACCACGGGAAGAAUAUUCUUUUGUCCAAUGGGAACCGCACAGCCACACGGGUGGCCAGCUACAAUCAGGGCAUCGUUGUCAUCAGCCAGCCCCUGCUGCCCCAGCUACUGGUCCAGGUGCGGAUAGAUUUUCUGAACCGACAGUGGACAUCAUCUCUCGUCCUGGGAGUCAUCACCUGCCCACCUGAGAGACUCAACUUUCCCGCUUCUGCCUGUGCCCUCAAACGGGCAGCCUGGCUGCUGCGGGGCCGCGGUAUCUUCCACAAUGGUCUCAAAAUCUGCGAGAAGUUUGGGCCCAAUCUGGACACAUGUCCCGAAGGCACCAUCUUAGGACUGCGGCUGGACAGCUCUGGGGGACUGCAUCUCCAUGUCAAUGGGGUGGACCAGGGGGUAGCCGUGCCCGAUGUGCCUCAGCCCUGCCACGCUCUUGUGGAUCUCUAUGGGCAGUGCGAGCAGGUGACAAUUGUGAGCCCUGAACCAGGAGCUGCCAGUGGAAAGAGUGCUGGAACCCAAGGGGACAUGGAAAAAGCCGAUAUGGUGGAUGGUAUUAAGGAGAGUGUGUGUUGGGGUCCACCGCCUGCUGCCAGCCCUUUAAAGAGCUGCGAGUACCAUGCCCUUUGCUCGCGCUUCCAAGAACUGCUGUUGCUUCCUGAGGAUUAUUUCAUGCCUCCGCCCAAGCGUAGCCUGUGCUACUGUGAGUCCUGCCGGAAGCUGCGCGGAGAUGAGGCCCACAGGCGCAGAGGGGAGCCCCCCCGGGAAUAUGCUCUGCCCUUUGGUUGGUGCAGGUUCAACCUCAGGGUGAAUCCCCGCCUGGAAGCUGGGACACUAACCAAGAAGUGGCACAUGGCGUAUCAUGGGAGCAGUGUGGCAGCUGUACGGAGGGUGCUGGACCGGGGGGAGCUGGGAGCAGGUACCGCCUCCAUCCUGAGCUGCCGCCCCUUGAAGGGAGAUCCCGGGGUGGGGUUUGAGGAGCCUGGUGAGAACUGUGCACCUCCCCGGGAAGAGCAGCCCCCCCCAGUGCUGCUAUCCCCCUCUCUUCAGUAUGCUGGGGCUGAGACCCUGGCCUCCAAAGUGCAAUUCCGGGACCCCAAAUCCCAGCGGACGCACCAGGCUCAGGUGGCUUUCCAGGUUUGUGUGCGCCCUGGCUCCUACACCCAUGGACCCCCUUCUGCUGCUCUCAGAGAGCCACCUGACCCUCACUUCAGCCCGGCGGAACUUGAGUGGGUCACUAAGGAGAAGGGGGCCACGCUCCUCUAUGCCCUGCUGGUCCGGGUGGAAUGAGUGCGGGGGAGCACCACGACGACAAGCACAGCUGGGCUCUGCCCCGACUCGGGACUCGGUGAAGACUGCUCCGCCUCCGUGCCAGUGAGCCAGGGCGUGCCUGGUGCGGCCUGGGAGCCUCGGGAGCACCAGGCAGCCUCGAUCGGACGGAAGUGGAGUCCAUCUCCGUGUCCAGAGGCCCAGCGCGCUCCCCCGACGGCGGGGAGCUUGUGGGAGCCCAGCUUUCAUGCACUGAUGUGGGGACCGUGGAGCCCUACUUUGCCCCUCGCCAUCACUUAAUUUAUUUCCGUUUUCGUUUCUGGUUACUGUGAAUCCCAGAGGAGCCUCUCCCUGUGCCCACACGAAGCUGCUGUUUUCCGGGGCCAUCAGGCGGGAGUGGGGAGCAAGGGGGCGCGAGGAAGCCGCGGACCCUCUGUACAGUUGUUACUGACCCGGUUUUUAAGGAGCCAAUAAACACUUGGAGCACA